AAUCAAUCGACCUUUGAAGAACUUAAAAAACAAAAAUUUGCAGGGCCGGGCCCAGCAUGACAAGCCCACUAUGAUUCAUUAACCUACCAAAGAACCGCCUUUCCAACAAUCUGGACAGCGAUUCUGCCACGUAUUAAAAAACACCAUUUCAAAAACCCGCUCUAACGGCUAGCUCGCUUUCUUUCAAUUUGAAACCCCAAAACCAGAGAAGUCUAACAAAAAAGAGCAAGAAAUCAUUUUUUUCUACCAAAGCCCUAAUCUUGCUUGAAUCCAGUUGGAUAAUUACUCUCAGUUCAUCGUUAUCUCUACCAUUUCUUUUUAUUUUUUUAUUAAUUGAUUCAUAAGCGACAAUCAUUAUAGGGGUUUUCCUUUUAUCAAGAUCACUUCUUUUUGUAGAAAGAUUUCAAAUUCUAGGGUUUCUUUUUUCUUGAUUAAGAUCAAAAAAUGGAUCUUCCUGUCGAAAUCGACGAUUACAUAAAAGAAACAAUAGACGACUCUUUAGGCCUCCCAGUCUCUAUCCACACUCUCCAGUCGAAGCUCCGCUCCUCCGAGGAUGCCCACCGCCGCCUCCGCGACCAAUACGUUCUUCUCGUCGAGAAAUUGCGCCAGAAAAACCAUAUCAUUGACAGAACCAAGGCGGAAGCUAAUAUGAAUGCGUUGGCUUUGAAGAAGUUUGUGAAGGAGAAUCAGAGAUUGGCGGCGGAGUGUGCUAAUUUGGUAAAUCAGUGUAACAAAUGGGAGAGGGAAUGUUCGCUUUACGAUCACGACCGUGAGGCUUUAAUGGAUUUUGGAAACGAGGCAGACGAGAGAGCAAAAGAGGCCGAGUUUAGAGUUCGUGAGUUGGAAGAGGUCUUGGCGAAGUUGUCAGAGGAAUUGCGGUUUUACAAGCAUCAGAAAGAGAGGCCAGAGGUUGAUUCAUCUUCUAAGAGCACAGAUAUGGAACAGAAUUUACUUGAAUCCAUUUUAGCUACAUGGGUCAGUGAAAAUGAAGUUGGACUGGGUCAUGCUUUUUUGGAGGCAAACAGUGGAUAUGAGUCAUGUCAGAACCUGCUGAAAAUCUUGGGGCCAUCAACUCAGAAAAUCUUAUCCUUGGCUGCUAAAGUGAAGACUCUUCAAGAAGACAAGGAACAUCUCAGAAUCAAUCUUAAUAGGGCUGAAGAGGAGGUCAACUUGCUUUUCCAAGCAAACUAUGUGUUGGACAAGGAGAACAAAAGAUUGUUGAAGCAACACCACCAAGACCAGAACCUUGAUGGUUCCGAUGGAAAACAUACCAACAGUGCUUCUGCCAAGAGGAACAAGCGAAAAUCAAGUCCAAAGAUGAGUAGCCCAAUUGAGAUGAAGAUUGAUUCGAAGGAUAUAGAUUCAAUGAGACAGCCUUUAUCACCUUUGCAGCACAAUUCCCCUGAAUGUAGAAUGCAUAAGAAGUGAUAACAAAUUAUUUUCUAACAUGUAGUUUCUUCUAAUACUCCGGGUAAUUCUCUGUAUUUGGAUAUUGUUACUGCCGCUUCCCAUUGUUACAGUAUAGCUUUUCCUCAAGCUAUAUGUUACAUGUUGCCGUAACUCUUUAAUGAGACGGCCUUUUAUCAUUUUUGCCGCAAAAUGUCCCUGAAUGUAGAAUGCAUAAGAAUUGAUAACCGAUUCUUUUGUAUGUUGGAUAGUGUUACUAAUGGGAGAAUAGCUUUUCCUCAAGCUAUAGGCUGCUCGAAUUAAUAUCAAUUAACUCCUUUUCUUCUUUUUUACUUA